AAGAAUAUAGAAGUACGUGUGAUGCUAGGGACCCAUGCUUUGUAAAAAGAUCAUACAUCCAUGAAGUGUUUCAGGUGCAGUUAGCGGUUAUAACCACCACACAUUUUUCCCGCUACAUAUUUUCCGACACAACACUCAUGGCGUGCUGCUGCACCUCUCCCUCCGCCACCGCCACCGCCGGCCGCUACUUCUCUAUUCACAACUCUCACACUUCUCAAUUUCGCAUCAACACUUUCCCAUUCCUUCCUUCUCCAUCUUCUACCACUGUAUGUUCCAUUCGAUUUAGGGUUCCGCGCUCCACUUCACUUAGACACAAACCAUUCACAGUCUCCUGCACUCCCACCGGCACCGAACAACAACAGCUCGACUUCCAAGAUCCCCCUCCUUCUUCCGCCGUAGAUUGCGUCGGCACCGGCCAAGACGUCGAGUGCGUUGCACCCUUCGCCAAUGAAGAACAGAGACAAAACGGCACCGUAUCGUUAUCUUCGGAGAACAAUAAGGAACAAGGUGAAUCAUUGAAGUGCCUUGCGGAAGGGCUUUGGGAAUUGACAGUGCUGGUAUCACCGUUCUUCUUCUGGGGAACUGCAAUGGUGGCUAUGAAGGAGGUGAUUCCAAGGACAGGCCCGUUCUUUGUGUCGGCGUUCCGGCUAAUACCUGCCGGGUUCCUCCUCAUCGGGUUCGCUGCUUCAAGGGGAAGACCAUUCCCUUCGGGACUCAAUGCCUGGCUCUCAAUCUCUCUCUUUGCAGUAGUUGAUGCAGCUUGCUUUCAGGGUUUUCUUGCAGAAGGGUUGCAGAGGACUUCGGCUGGUUUGGGCAGCGUUAUAAUUGAUUCACAACCUUUGACAGUAGCUGUGCUUGCAGCUUUGUUAUUUGGUGAAUCCAUUGGGAUUGUUGGUGCUGCUGGUCUAGUCCUUGGUGUAGUUGGACUUGUAUUACUCGAGGGUGCAACAGUUACCAGCCCAAAAGGUACAACUACCUAUGAGUUACCUUCUAUAUGUUUGUUUGGUAGUGAAGGAUCACCGUGUUUGUUGCAGUUACCGGUGCUGUCAUUUGAUGAAAGCAAUUUCUCACUAUGGGGAAGUGGGGAGUGGUGGAUGCUUCUUGCAGCCCAGAGUAUGGCAGUUGGCACAGUUAUGGUUCGAUGGGUCUCCAAGUACUCUGAUCCUGUCAUGGCAACUGGAUGGCAUAUGGUUAUUGGUGGCCUCCCUCUAGUGGCAUUCUCCAUUCUUAACAAUGAUCCUGCUCUCAGUCAGAGUCUUCAAGAGUACAGUUCAACUGAUAUAUUGGCACUACUCUACACAUCCAUUUUUGGAAGUGCUGUGAGCUAUGGUGUGUUCUUUUAUAGUGCAACUAAAGGUAGCUUGACCAAGCUCAGUUCACUUACGUUUUUGACCCCAAUGUUUGCUUCAAUUUUUGGGUUUCUGUAUCUCGGGGAGACCUUCACGCCUGUACAGCUAGUCGGGGCCAUCGUUACUAUAGCUGCGAUAUACAUGGUUAACUUCAGAAACACUUCAGAAUAAAUUAAAAUAGUCAGUUUCAUACUGUUCCUUUCAAGUUGCUAAUACAAUGGACAAAAACUACUCGUGAGGCUAGAUUUGUGUCAUCAACUCAAAAGGGGGAGCGGUACUAGCAGCUGGUUUGAAUUUUGGAUAUAACACGAAUAUGAUUGGUACUUCUCCAGCACAUGAUCAUCAUGCUUUCUUCUCCUGUAAAUACAAUUUUGGUUAGUUCUCGGUACAGGUCAAACUGCUUGAGCCUCUUGAUAUAGCUAAGCCUAAAACAUGGUAGCUACCUGCGUUGAAUUCAAGCCUUAUACUGGAAUAAAUUGUUUCUUUUUCCAUGAAUAUUUGCUUUCUUGUACAAGAUGGCUUUGUAUGUUACAUUAUGGCUGAAGAAGAAUGUGUAGAACGUAGAUUUUGGCUUGCUUGUGAGUUGUGACAAGUUUGUGUUUUGUUAA